AUGAACUCUAUUAAACUUCAACUUUUUAAACAAGACGAGUCAUUCAAUACAUUACUUGAAUCAAGAGGAUUUAAACAAAUUUUUAGAAUUGAAAAUCCAUUGGAAUUGGGUAAUGUUUUAUCAUUCACAGACUCCAUUAAAGAACCAAAUGUUUUAUUUUUAUUCGACACUGUAUCUUGUGAUAUUUCAAUAUUUACCAUUAAUUUAGAAAUUCUUGAUGAAAUAUUAGAUGGAAUAGAUUUCAGUAUUGGAUUUUUAACACCAUAUAAAGAUCAAAUUGAUUACCAAAAUAUAAAAUAUAGAACACCAUCAUUUGAUACAUACUUUAAACAUAGUGAAACAUUAACAUUUAAAGCUGUACCAUUGAAUAUUGAAGAGAUUAUUUUAAAACAUUUAAAAAAAUAUUAUACCACUUUAAGAAACAACUUUGGUAUUUUUGAUUCAUUUUAUUUACCAAUUGACAAUAAAGAAGAGAUUAUUAAAAAAUUAAAUGAAAAUAUUGAUGAAAAUGUUAAAAGUUUAACAGUCGAAGAUUCAGAAUAUGUUAAUAAUAAUUGGCCAUAUAGAAGUGAUGAAUCAAUUCAUUUUAUUAAAUGGGCAUGUAGUCAAGAAGUUUCAGCAUCAUAUAGAAUUAAAAAUGAAGAAACUGGUGAAAAUGAAUUGGUUAGUUGGAUAUUAAUGUAUCCAGAUGCAUCAAUUGGUUCAUUAUUUUCUGAUACAAAGUAUAGAGGAAAAGGAUUUGCAAGAAAGGUUUCAUCUCUUAUCAUAUUAAAGAAAUUACAAUCACAACCAAAUCAAUUACCUUACUUAUUCAUUAAAACUGAUAAUGUACCAUCUCAAUCUUUAAUGAGAAGUUUAGGUUUUAAAACUGAUACUCAAGUAAAAUGGAUUGUUUGUUCAAAUAAAUAA